AGUGUUAUGAUGUUUGUGAAUGACAUAUUUUUAUUCUGUUUUGCAGAUUGAUUCGGAUUUUGAACAGCUUUUCGGUAAAUGUGAAAAACUGUUUAACGAUUGGGAGCAGUUUUCGGAGAAGUUUCUAAAGUACGUCCGAAGUGCCGAAAUCAAAGACGAUCGGUCUCUGCAACUCCUGAGACAUUUGCAAGAAGCACCUGUUUGCCAGGCCGGUCGUGAAUUGAUUGUUUCUUACGUGUUCCAAGCGCUUAUCAAACCAACGCGACGAGCUGGCGGAAAGCUUCCCACGAUAUUGGAGGCACAAUUCGAAGUGUGUUGCCUUUGCCAAACCAACGACGAGUAUCUUGAAGAUCUCCAAGCAUUGCGUCGAGACUGUGAAGCUGCAAAGAUUCAGUUGACACCACGUAUUUAUGCUGUAGGCUGCCUCGAGAACAUUGAUUCACUGUAUGUCGUGACCGGGAAGUUUGAAUACAAACUGCCAUCGUUCCUGCGAUGUCUGGACGUUAUAAUCAAAUUGAAGCACGUUCUCGAUUAUCAUUUCUCCGAUAGUUGCGAAGCCUACUGGUGCUUUUUAACCAGGUUCUUUUACGGCAUUGACUACCGACGAAAAUCCAAGAACAGCCAACUCCUCCAAUUGAUCAAAUACCUGGAAUCCCAGUGUGAAGAAGACCAGUAAUGGAUUGCUUUCUGUGUCCGAACAUUUUUCGAAGCAUCAAUGAUCUCUUGAAACACCUGCAAAUUGAUCACGGGGCCCCAUCCAUUUCAAACUACAAGUGUACAGCGUGUAGGCCCGCGGCACAUUUCAAAGACGUGCACAGGUACAGGCGUCAUAUAAAUGCUCGUCACCAUACCUUGUUUCAACAAAGCUGCACACCGUCGGAGAACCAACAAGAAGAAGGAUGUCUGUUACCUGUUAUCGAUGCAGUCCCAGAGGAACAAAACGACCAGAUUAUCGAAAACCAUGAACGAAUUGAUUUUAUUGAAAAUGAAGAGAAUACUAUAAACGUUAAAAGUAAGGAAGAACAAAUUCUAGAAAUAAGAAAUAGGUUAAGAGAAGUAUUUUUAAGUUUCACAAUUAAUCUACAUGGCAAAAAAAAUAUGAGUAGAAAAGACGUGAUUGAACUACAGAAAAACAUUACCGAGGACAUUGUAAUACCUAUACUAGAUGCUCUAAAUGAAGUAUCAAAUAUUCAAGAAGAUCAAUUAAAUUCAGAGCUUAUCAACGAUCUACGCGACCCGUUCAACUUCAUUUGCACGGAACAAAGGCUUAACACACAACUACAAAAUUUGAAUAUGCGAGAGGCUCCUCAGACUAUUAAUUACAAAGAUGAAGCUGGGAAUAUUGUGUCGAAGGGUUGUCUGACACCAAUCAAAUUUCAACUCAAAAAGUUUUUUGAAACUGGGUCAAUUUUUGAACAAACCGUACUGAAUAUGGGAAAACUGGAACAAGGUAAUGAAAUAUCGAAUGUUGUCAAUGGUACACUGUGGAAAGCAGUACGGAAAACUUACGGCGAGCAAAUGGUUAUACCAUAUUUUUUGUAUUCAGAUGAAGCAGAACUAAAUGAUGCCAUAGGUGCUCAUUCAGGAACUCACAAGGUGUGCGGGUUGUACUACAGUUUUCCGACUAUUCCUUCGCAUUAUUCGUCACGACUGAGUUGUAUUUUCGUUGCUGGAUUCAUUAAAGCAUCCGACAUUACAAAAUAUGGACCUACAAAAGCUUUGAGUGAACUUGUAGAUGUUUUGAUUGAGCUUGAGCGAGACGGGAUUGAUCUAACCAUUGAAAGUAGGGUAGUGAAAGUGUAUUUUGUACUAAUGGGAAUUCUAGGCGACAAUUUAGGUAUUAAUUUACUGAUGGGAUAUGUAACUUCCUUCAAUUCCCUUUUGUACUGUAGGUUUUGUCGGCUCAAUAAGAACCAGUGCCAGAAAUCUAUCGUUUUGGAUUCAAGCAUGAAUCGAAAUAAGGAGUCAUAUGCAGAAGAUUUAACAAAAACCGUAAAAGAGUCGGGUAUCAAAGAAGAAUGUGGCUUCAACAGGUUGAAACACUAUCAUGCAGGGGAAUUUGUGGCCGUUGACGUUAUGCAC